AGACGGUUUUCAUAUCGGCCGUCUUCUUCGGUUCUUCCUCUUUAGCCAAAUCCUCCAUAGAUACAAAAAAAAAAAGACCCAUAAAAAAAAAGAUCUUUGCUUUUAGAUCCAUGCAAGGGAUUUUUUGGACCAAAUGAUUGGUUUUCGAUAGAUGAAGAUCUUGUGAUGUUGAUGGGAGUGACUUUGAUCGGAUUUCUUCGUGUUACAUAUAUAUAGAUCCUCUUUUUUGAUCCUGGAGAUUAUAUAUAUAUAGUGCAUAUAUAUAGAAGUACAUAUAUAUGCAUAUGGUGCAUAUAUAUAUAGAAGCGGCCCAGAUGGUUUUAUGUUGUUUCUGUGUACUGUUGAGUUGAGUUUGGGGAUUAGAUUUUAUAUAUCCAAGUUGGGGUUCUCCCUUUUAUUGCUUCCUGACUCGCAUACAAACCCUAUCUGUCCGUACAAAGCACCACACAAAACCCUAACUCUCUCCCUCCAUAAAAAUCAAAGCUUUUCAUCUCAUUCCGAUAUAUUUCCACGGAGUACGUACGUACAUACACCGAUAUGAAGCACCUGUAUGAGGCGGAGCAAGGCGGAGAUCUGGCGGAGGACUGCGGCGGAAUACUCGCCGGAGAAACUGCCGAUAACGACGUUAUGAUAGAGGAUGUCGUCGAUGUUGAUGUCGGGGGAGAGAUCUGGCUCGGUGAAGAUGAUCAAGACCAUGACCAUCAUCAUCAUCAUCAUCAUCAUCAUCAUCAUGUUCAAGAAGACGACGAUUUGCUUGUUCAGGAUUCGUCCAUCUUCUACGAAGAUCUUCCGUCACUGCCGGAUUUUCCAUGCAUGUCGUCGUCUUCCUCUUCUUCGACGUCUCCGGCUCCCGUCAACACAAUCCUCUCCUCGGCUUCUUCGAAAUCUUCGGCUUCUUCCUCGUCGUCGGCCGCAUCCUGGGCGAUAUUGAAAUCGGACGGUGAGGAUCCUCCGAAUCAGAAUCAGAAUAAUUCAGCGGCGGAUGCAUCGGUCGGAGCAGCGGUUGCGUUACAGUCUACGGCGUCGAUGGAGAUUCCGGCGCAAAACCAAGGCGUUACGGACGACGUCGAGUGUACCAUCGACAUGAUGGAGACGUUUGGUUACAUGGAUCUGCUCGACAGCAACGAUUUCUUCGACACAUCGGCCAUUUUUAACCACGACGAAGCCACACCUCCAGCUGGAAACCCUAGUUUGGUCGGCCCACAAACCCUAGAGGACAGAGAACUCGAUGUUCCUCUUCCUGAACAAGAGGGUUUCUCGUUGAUGCAAAAUAAUGAAGAGAUGGGGCUGAAUCUGUCGUUGGAACAAGACGAGGAUCUCGCGUCUGUGUUCUUGGAGUGGCUGAAGAACAACAAAGAGACUGUGUCGGCUGAGGAUUUGAGGAAAGUUAAGAUAAAGAAAGCGACCAUCGAGUCAGCGGCCAGACGACUCGGCGGCGGAAAGGAAGCGAUGAAGCAGCUGUUGAAGCUUAUUCUUGAAUGGGUCCAAACAAAUCAUCUGCAGAAAAGGCGCAACAAUUGCAGCAACAGCGCAACUCUCUCUUAUCAAACGCAGCCGCAAACGCCACCGCAGAUGCAACCGCAGCAGCCGUUCCACGAGCCGUACUACUAUCAAAACCCUAACCCUAGUGUUUUAAUCCCACCGCAAGAUCCGGUUCCAACCCCAUGUUUCCCUCAUAAUCAGUCUCAACCAUGGAUCCCUCCUCCGAAUCCGAAUCCGGGAUUCGUCUCCGAUUACGGAUACAUGCCCUCUCCGGCGUUUCCCGGCGGAGCUCCUCCGCCGAGUUAUCUUCCUCCGCCGCAGCCGCAGCCGCAGCCGCAGCCACAACCGGACUACCAUCACUUACUCGAACCCACAACGUCAUGGGCCGCUCCCCAGCCGCAGCCGCUACCGACAAACCAGUUCCCGAUGACGAACGCGCAGUUCAACCCGUACCCGGACCAUGGCUUCGCUGGAUAUGUGCCCAAUCCGUACUCGUAUCCGUACAUGCAUGGACAAGUAGUGGGAGACCAGAGAUUGCUCCGGUUGUGUUCUUCGGCGACAAAGGAGGCGAGGAAGAAGCGGAUGGCGAGACAGAGGAGGUUCUUGUCUCACCACCACCGGCACGGUAACAACGCCAACAAUGGCAGCCAGCAAAACAUGAACCAGAACCAGUUCGGUGAACAUGCAAGAGCUGGAGAGACAUGCACGAUGGUUGGGGCUGCUCCUCCGCUUAACGCCGCCACGGCUGGUGGCUGGAUGUAUUGGCCUAACAUUCCGGCGGUGGAGUCCCAAGCCUCGGCAGCGGAGAGAGGGGGGUCCGGCCGCCAUCAGGUGGUGUCAGAUCGCCGGCAGGGUUGGAAACCGGAGAAGAAUUUGCGGUUUCUAUUGCAGAAAGUGUUGAAGCAAAGCGACGUGGGCAACCUCGGAAGAAUCGUGUUACCAAAAAAAGAGGCAGAAACCCACUUGCCGGAGCUAGAGGCAAGAGACGGCAUUUCCAUAGCCAUGGAAGACAUCGGAACCUCUCGUGUUUGGAACAUGCGCUACAGGUUUUGGCCCAACAACAAAAGCAGAAUGUAUCUCCUCGAGAACACCGGUGAUUUUGUGAAAACCAAUGGACUCCGAGAAGGAGAUUUCAUAGUCAUAUAUUCGGACAUCAAGUGUGGAAAAUACUUGAUACGUGGGGUGAAAGUGAGGCAGCCGCCGGCGCCGAAGCCGGAGACCACGCCGUCGGCGAGGAGGCAAAGCAAAUCGCAGAGAAACAACAACAACAAUAAUAACUCUCCUUCCGCUAAUGCAGUGGCUGCAUCAGCCUCUCAGCCGGCUAAAUGAAACGUAGAUUAUGAACCAAGAAAAGAAGAUAAGUAGAGAGAGAGAGAGAGAGAGAGAGAGAGAGAGAAUGGUGGACGUACGUGGGAUUGCCACUUCUCAUGCAUGCAUGGGAUCCCGUUGCCAAAUGGGUGGUCGCGGUCAAAAAGCCAGUCUUUCUCGAGGUGUGCGUUUUUUUUUAAUUUUCUCUGGAUAUUGAUCGUGGAAUCUGUUAUAUUUCGUGUUAGUUUUCCGAGUUUUGUAGAUAAUUAAAUUCUAGAGAAGGUGGCUGGUUGUGUGUAUCUUAUAAGAAGAGAUUAUAUUAUAUAGUUUUUGUUGUAACGGGUUGAAUGGUGUUGUGGAUUCGGCUCAUAUAUAUGUUUUGUAUGGUUUACCACCUUUUUGUUGA